AACGGCCGAAACGUCAACGUCGAGAAAAGAAAACUCCUUUUUGUCCCAAGAUCGGAAGGGUUCAGAAGCUGCCAGCGUUGCUAUCAGAAACCUAUAUAAACAGUUCUUCAUCUCGCGCAAAAAUUUCAAUGGAAGCCGAAGGGCAACGAACAUCCUCCAAUCCCUCCGCAGUGCUCGCUGCUCUCUUGUCAAAAAGAGCUAAACUUCACGAAGAUCUCCGAAACCUCGAAAAACAGGUUUAUGACAUGGAGACUAUUUACCUACAGGAUCCUAGCCAAUGUGGAAAUGUACUAAAAGGGUUUGAAGGAUUUUUAUCUUCCUCCAAGAGUACCAGCUUCUUGAAACGGUCCAGGAAGUUUCAACCUGAAGAUAGGCUCUUUUCUUUAUCGUCUGUCACCUCACCGGCAGCUGAGGAACAAGCUCUUGGUCGGGAUGGUGGAGGGAUAUCUGCCAAUGUUCAAGGUAGACAAAGGAAGGGCAGGGGAGGUCCAAGAGAUGCAAAGAGAAUGAGGCAUUCAAGUGAACCAGACUAUGACUAUGAAGAUGAUCCAGAUCUAAUGUAAUUUGGACUCUGGUGAAACGGUAGGUUGGUUGAUUUGGAAUGAUGACAUUGGUCAAUUUUGACAUGUACAAAUAUAUUUGGCGGCCUAGAAUUGUAUUUCUUUAGUAUUGGCGGACAUCAGAUUAAAAAGAUAUUGUAUCCCAGUGAAUAUUUUUCUCUGUUGCUAUUAUAUAUAGUAGUAGUAUAUGUUUUUGACCACAGCAUGAAAUGAACGUUUUGUUUUUCCCUUUUGAGUGUCAACAUGA